AUGCUAAUCUGCUUUAUAUCUUUAGUAUUCAUCAUAUCCGUUGCUUUCACCUUCUUCGCUUCGUUUCUUUGGGUUCCGUUGUGCUUACGGUUGUUGCGCUGUUUCCGCGGAAGUUUCACUUUCGGUGAAGUGAAUAUGCUAUUGAACUAUGUGUUCAUAGUUUUGCUCAAAUUUGCUUUCAAGGUUACCGUUUUGCUGUUUUGGGCCCUUUGUGUAGCGUGCAGCGUAGCAUUUGCGAUCAGUGCUUCAGAGAUCUCUGGCGUUACGACGAUCCACCGAAAGUACUUCCACGUCACCAUUAGUCUUGUGUUGUUGUCCGGCCUUCUGUACUGCCCGGUCCUUACAUUCGUCUGCAGUACUGUGACAUUGUGUGUGUUGCUGAUAGUCGAACUUAUUCGAAGUUUGCAAAUUUCAAGCAUCGGUUUUCAGCUAUGCUGUGUCUAUUCGAAGUUUCUUGACCAGCAGGAUUCCGGGAUUAUCGUUCUGACGCCUAUAUACCUGUUGAUUGGCAUCUUCAUUCCGAUUUGGUUGGAUAUACCUAUGAAUGUGUCAGGUUUUAGACAAAUAAAGCAUCCCAUUGCUACCCACAGAAAGUAUAUAGUUCAUUUUUGGUAUAUUUUCAUUCUUUCGCAUUAUUGCUUUCUGUUCACCCCCUCCUCCACUUACCAGCUUUUUACUGUGCUGUUGAUCAAAACGCCCUGCUCCUAG